AUUAUCUCGUGUGCUUGUUUGUAGGAUCUGCCCUAAGAUCUGCUGAAGAAUCUGCCAAAGGAUCUGCAAUAAGAUCUGACAUAAGAUUUGCUGAAGGAUUUGCUAUAGGACUUGUCAUAAGUUCUGCCAGAGAAUCUGCCAAAAGAUCUGCUACAAGGCCUGCCACAGGAUCUGCCAUAAGAUCUGCUAGAGGAUCUGACACAAGACCUGAUCUGACAUAAGAUCUGCCAGAGUAUCUGCCACAAGAUCUGCCUUAACAUCUGCUAGAGGAUCUGACACAGGAUCUGCCAGAUCAUCUACUGGAGGAUCUGCCCUAAGAUCUGGCAAAGGAUCUGUUUGAGGAUCUGCUAUAGGUUCUGUCAAAAUCAGCUGAAGGAUUCACCAUAGGAUCAGUUAAACCCACUUCAGAGAUGGAUGGACUAAACAUCUCCAAAGUCAGCUGUAACCACUCGGAUAAGUACAAGUACCCAACCUAUUCUGCAGUGUUUAGCAUGGUCUUUGUAUUUGGUCUUGUAGGAAAUGCCGGUGCAAUGUACGUUUUCUGCAAGCUCUCAAUCAAGAAUCGCCUGUCGACCAUCUUCCUUAUCCACUUGGCUGCUUCUGACCUCGUCUUUAUACUCACCUUGCCCAUACGGAUUGCCUUUUAUGCCACCCAUUCUUUGUCUGCAACUGAUCCAUCGGAAUCUUCUGUCCGAUCUUCUGCAAUGGUCUGGGCCUGCCGUAUCUCCACUUACUUGUUUUACAUCAGUAUGUACUGCAGCAUCUUGUUCCUGACAGCCCUGAGUGUCUGCCGUUACUUAGUGCUGGCUGAACGGAUACGCCUCCAAAACAGCGAGGCCUGCCGGUGGGCUCGUGGCCUGUGCUGGGGAAUCUGGUGCUUUGUGCUGGGAGGAAACACUUUGUACAUCCUUCUAACUUAUGGUUACAAGUUAGAAGCUGAGGGAUGCCUAGAACCUAGUGAUGAAGGUUCGUGGAAGUACCUGUAUCACCUGAAUCUGAUAGUCCUGGUGAUAUGUUUUGUACUUCCACUGACCGUGGUGUUAGUUUGUUACUCGUUGAUCAUCCACCACAUCUUGCAGACAAAGGCAGGCCAGAGGCGGCGGGAUGUUUGCCUGGUCUGCUUGGUGCUUUGUAUCUUCUGCCUGUGCUUUCUGCCCUACCACAUCCAGCGCACACUGCAUCUUCACUACAUGAUGCACAAGGAGAGGGCAUGCCAGCUGCUAGCUACCUUGCAGAAGACGGUGGUGGUCACUCUCUGCUUUGCUGCCAUGAACAGCUGCUUGGAUCCACUCAUUUUCUUGUUUGUCGGCCAUGGCUUUAUACCAGUGGUGAACAAGCUCGUGGCACAAUGCGCACUACGAGGACAGUCUCAUAGUGGGAAUGCUUCUCAAACGAAAGCAUGGCUACCAGUAAGUAGAAGCUCCAAAAAUGUUAAAGAAGACCAGGCAUCUUCUGUGGUAUUGGAGUGAUACUACGACUUGGCAUGGCUUACGGAACUACACAACUGUACAUAUGACAGAUUUUUCCAGAUACCUAGAAUUCCUGAACUCUUCUUUGGAUCUGA